AUGAUAUUGAUGGUAGCAAUGGUUCUAACGAGGAAAACGGAUCACAACUCCUCAGGUGGUUUGAUCAUAUCAGACCCUCAUCAGUGCUGUUCAGGUGUUGAUCGAUCACUACUCUUCAUGGCUUACAUCACAAAAGAAAACAAACUGAUGGCUAGUUUGUUCGAUUUAAACGCUUUCUACUAUAGUAGGUUGGUGCCGAAGGUAAAACCGGAUAAGACUAUUGCUUGUCAGAAUCCGUUUUUAUCUUAUAUCUGGCCAAGUGAGGAAGAAAAUUUCGAUUUAAAGGAGCUCGUCGUAGAUGGAGAAACCAUAUAUAGGUCAAUGGUGAACAUGAAUUAUUCGGAUCAGUUGUAUUAUCCUUCAAACUACGAAAUUCCAUGCAUCUACGGGUUCAGUUGCUCAAAGGUUUAUAACUUUCGUGUACCUUCAAUCAAAACUCAGGUGCUACGAAGAAUAGGGAAGCAUCUCCACGUUUGUGUUAAAAGUCCGUAUAGAGCUGCCGAAUGUUUCUGCGCCUUAGGAUUAAACACGGAUUAUGAUAUGGAUCCAUUCGAUGUGGUUUUUUCUAGCCUUAUUCUUUAUGGACAUAUAGACUUGAUUAUCAAGUUCAUCCGCACUCUUCAAAAAGAAGAUGAAAUGAUAUCGAAGAUACAUUCUUGUGUCCGUGAUGUUGCAGAGUCAGCCAGAACCAAGAUGGAUAGUACAAGACCUCUCUGCUCGCGAGGACAAAGAGAAUUCGAUGAUGCCAUGAAUACCUUCGAAGCAUGUAUAAACAUACUUGAUCACUUGAUUUCUGUCGCAAAUGACAUACCUAAUGAUACUCUGGUUCAAGAUUUAGAAGCCACUCGAGAUUCUUCUAAAGCAUACGUUCAAUAUUACCUAUGUGUCAAAAGCCUGAUUCACAGAGGAAUGUUGCCCUUGUCCGAUAAGACCGAAAACAUCUUUCAGAAAAUGAGAGAAGAAACAACCUGCAGGAGAGAAAGGGGGGCGUUACUAAAUAUCGACAAGCUAGCUGCUAAAGUGUCUUUCACCAAGCUUUCCGAGAAUGAAACAAAUCAGGAACUGUACCCUCCAACAAUAGCGGCACUCAUAGGUUCUCUUCUCUCUUUGGAGUUACCGAUCGAUGUCAAGAAGGAAUGGAUUGUUUAUAACUUCAUUGAUUACUACAUAACUGAAGGAAACAUGAACGAGCAAAAUCGGAGUAAGAAAUCCAUUUAUGAUUACAUUGAUGGUACUAUAAGUUCUUACUUUGAAGUUGAGCCAGAGGAAAUCCAAAACAUUUAUGAUGCGUGGUCUGAAGACCAUUCAUGUUUAGCACCCAUCAUGACAACUACCAAGGACUUGAACAUGUCCCUAGUAUCGAACCAAUCUGCUGACUUACUAGACAUGACUGACACUUUUCUGAAAGAAUUGAUUAUGAGUGACAAGCCCAAACGAAAAAUUACGACAGAAAUCACAUAUUAA